AUGCUGAUUGCUCUGGAGAUAAAGGUGCAAAAUGGUUUAGAUUGUGACUUAAUAGUUGAACUAGCUGAAAACAGUUCUUUGUUGCGAGGAGAGUUAUCACGGGACGUUUUAUCAGUCGAGUAUUUAAUACAAUGUUUUCUUGUAGACCCAUUUGCUGAUGCAAGUAAGGGUGCAGAUGAUGAUGUUCAAGACGGUCUUGUUCAUAUAAGAAUCCAGCAACGGAAUGGUCGUAAGACUUUAACUACAGUACAAGGACUUUCCUCUGAAUAUGACUUGAAAAAAAUAGUAAGAGCAUGUAAAAAGCGGAAAACCGUUGCUUCGCAAGAACGGCGGUCAUAUGUAAUGAUCGACAUCCAGAAAGAAAAGAGGAUCUGUUUGCAAUAA